CUUUUGACAACACUCUCCCCUUCAGGACUAAAUCUGCACUGGAGGAAAGUAACUACAAGUGAGAACCACUAAUCACACCUCCGUGUGGGAACUAAGUGCUGGGAGCAGCGUUUGCAGUGAGCUCAAGGAUAUUCUCUGCCGCCAACCUGAAGUGAUUCCUCCUGGAAAGGUUCAUUUGCCCUCGCAGUUCACCUUUGCCUGCAGUUAACAAGCGUGCAAUUUGGAUUUAAUGGAGCUGGGCUUACUGUUCCUCUUUGGUCUUACAAUUACGUCGACUGCAGGGUCCUCGCUGCCGCGGCCUCGCUCGCUGCCGGGCGGCGGCGAGCCGCGCUCCGCGGCGCUGGGGCAGAAGGAGCGGGAGGAGAGCGAGGCGGCGGCGCUGCUGGCCGGCGGCAGGGCCAAGGCGGACGGCGGGGCGCUGCGCCGCCGAGCCCGGCGCUGCACUUGCUACACCUACAAGGACAAGGAGUGCGUCUACUACUGCCACCUGGACAUCAUCUGGAUCAACACCCCCGAGAGGACUGUGCCAUAUGGGCUGUCUAACUACAGAGGCAGUUUUAGAGGCAAAAGGUCUACAAGCCAGUUUGAAAGUACUUUCCACUCUUCGUUUCGGUGCUCUUGUUUGGAUGCACGUGACAAACAGUGCAUGCAGUUUUGCAGGAGAAUGCAGGACAGAAGCAAUCAUGGAUCAGUGAAAACAACAGAGAAGACUGACCUAUGCAAAGAAAAGAAACAUGUUUUCAUUCAGUAGCACAGAGAACUUGGGAGGUUCUGAACCAUCUGGUUUAAUGUUUAUUUGCUGAAGCUGAGAAGCAAGAACUUAAACUACAACUCUCCCUUGAGAUGGAGGAACUUGAUGCUUCAGUUUGAUGCCAGUGGAGAAUCCAGAAGUAUGUAACGCUUUAAUUUCAUCAAUGCCAAAUUGAGGGCAUGUGAACCUGUAUGAAGAUGCUUUCUCCCAUGCUCCUCUCAUGAGAGUCUUAGUAAAGGAUAAUCUUUAUCAUGUAACCUGACAGGGAACAAUUCAAAGGAGGAACCAAACUGCAGCAACACAAAGUUUCAGGAAUUAUUUUUCUACCUGAUUUUAAAAAGUACAAUAGAAACAUACUGUUCCACUUACUGCUUGCUAUCUGUCUGAAGAACCAUCCAAAGCUUUAUGCAGGCAAUUGCAAUGGGAAAAUGUGAUAAGUUAGAGAGAGAUUGCCUGUACAUGAGUUCUCAUUAAGAAUAAAUUGAUAAAGUAUUUCUCUUGUUAAUGUAUGCAAGCCUGAAUCAUAUUGUAAUUUUGUGGCAGAUGUUUAAAUGACAAUAUCUAUGCAGAAUAAAUAUGAACAGCUAAUAUAAAUAUUAUUAUAAACUAUAGCAAGUUAAGAGUAUACUUUGAGUAUUCAAUAGAUUACCUAAUUUAAGCACAAAUUAUUCCCACUCUUCAAAGUUCCAUUCGAAAACAUUUACAACGAUCAUCUAAGAAUGCACUAUAGCUGCUGAACAAAAUUUCAAUUAUUUACUCCAAAGAAUUUCCUAAACAUGAUACUGUAAGACUGUGGAACUUAAAAAUCAAACUUCAUACAAUCAUAGUAAUUUCCUAUACUAGACCAUUUGCUAUUCUAAGCCCUUACGUAUCUUAUCAUCCACAGUAUAUAAAUUCAUCUUUCCUAAUAUGUUAAAAGUACAUUUCUUACUCUUCAUUGAAACAUCAUCACUGAACAACUGAACAAUCUGGAAACUUGGCAAAAGGUAAAAUAUCCACCCCUGGAGAGUUUUCAAUGUAAAUGAUUUCAGCAGAAAUUAUGGACUUUUUUUGAUAGGGGGAUGCAGAAUAAGCCAGCAAAAAUGAGUAAGUUUUGCAAAUCCUGUUCUUUAAUGUAAUUUAAAAAGAAACAGAGAAAAUCGCUUACUUGUGGCAUUACAGAACUUCUCUAGUUUGACCUUCAUGCAGACUUUUCCCAGGGCACAUAGUUUAAAUUGUAACCAGAUGACACUAAAUUAUAUUUUAUUAGAACAGAGAUGGAGACCAAAAAUACUCCUGCAAAAUGAAAAAAAAUGAGCAGAAAAAAAUGUUAUAUAGACUUAAAACAGUGGUGAUAGAUUUUGUUUGAAGCAAAAAAGGGAGGUCUUUGCCAAAAUAUAUGUGAUAUAUUUUAUAUAUAUGUGGAUAUAUUUCAUAAAUAAAUUAUU